CCGAGUAGCUCCGCAUGAAGAACAAUAUAACCUAUCUUACAAUAACUGUUGAGGAAUCAGAAUGUAUGGAAACGCAGAGUGGUCACGAUAUAAAGAGAAAGUUUUUGUUUCUAGACCGGUCUCAAACCCUUUUCAUUAAGAACGCGUAUUCGUACUAAUUCAAGUGGGAGUUGUAAAUUCCCUUUCAUAUAGAUACCGGGUGCGAAGGAAAUGAGGCAGUUUUUAUUCCUGAGUUUUGUCGCAGGAAUAAUAUCAUUUGUAUUGGUUCGAAACAGCUUUUAUGUGACCCAAGAUGCUGCAAUUAAAAAGAACAAACUCCUUCUUCUGAUUGGUAUUAUGUCUUCUCAGAAUAACUUUGAAGCAAGACAAAGCAUUCGGGACACUUGGCUUUAUCUUACAGAGCAAGAGAAUGUGAAGUAUUUUUUUCUUGUUGGUAAAAAAAUUUGUAAUGUCCCUCCUGAAGACAGAAUAUAUAAAGAAGCUUGUAUAGAAUGGACAGUAGAUAUGAAAGAGUAUUCAGAAUUUUCAACAGGUGAAGUUGAUGCAGUAAAGAUGAGAAUUUUUCCAAGUUAUGUUGGGGUUACAUUUCUAGUUCAUUAUCCUAUAGUUAUACGCAGUAUGAACUUACUGAGAGACUAUGUGACUGUAACUGAUGGCUUUGUCCAAGUGAGUUUGCUGAAUGCUGUCACUAGAGAGAAAAUAGUUUCAGCAACUUUCUCAAAUAAUGAGAAUAAUUCUGGCUCUGACCUGCUAGAGAAGACCGUUGAGCCAUACAUAUUGCCUAAAGGUUUUGAGGGACAGGUUAUUGUGGAACUGAUUGGCAACAAAUCGGGAAAUAUUAGUCUGGACCACUCAGAAUGCUGGCUGCAAUGGAAUAAUGGAAGUGGAUUAAUCACAUUUCUGCAGCUUAUCAGAGAUGUAAAUGGGAAGCCAGUGCCUUUCCAUGAAAUGUCCUGUAUACAUGCCUGUCUGACAUUCACUCUUCAUGAAAGAGGAGAACUUCAAUUGCAUGUUGCGAAAAGAAGUGAUCGCAGAAAAUCUUGGGAAAAUGAAAUAAAAUUACUGAAGAAUAAACUCCUAAAAGAAUCAGAAGAAAAAAAAGAUAUUCUAUUCCUUGAUGUUGUUGAUAUUUAUAGAAACUUGCCACGGAAACUUCUACAUUUCUUUAAAUGGGCACACUUGAAUGAAGAAUUCUCAUACUUACUGAAAACAGAUGAUGACACAUUUGUUAACAUUGGUGAAGUAUUGAGGACUUUGAAGGUGGCCAGGCAGGAGCAGUCAGAGGAAACUUUCACUCACCCAGAGACCAAAUUAUAUCUCCGUUGGUGGAGUUCAUUUCGUGAAGGUUGGCCCGUCCAUUCAUUUGGAAAGUGGCGAGAGGAUAACUAUUGUUCAGAGACUUAUCCUCCGUUUCCAUGUGGUGCAGGUUAUGUGCUUAGUAAAGAUCUGGUUCAGUUCCUAGGAAACAAUGCAUAUAAUUUCCUUUAUCAGGAUUUCCAAGGUGAGGAUGUUGCUUUAGGCAUAUGGUUAGCUGGUGUCAAUCCUCUGAGAUACAGCGGUGACAAGAUUUCUUGUACUUGGGCGUGUGAUGGCACCUGUAACCCAAAAGCCUGUAACAGAGCUGAGUUAUCAGUAGAUGCUAUGUAUGAAACAUGGGAGGCAUAUCAAAAUUGCAGUAAUUUAUGUGGCUGUCACUGGAAGUAAUUCAAAGAUAAGACUGCAUUAUUUCUGGAAAUAUAGGUUCUGUAAUGCAUCUGUAUGCAUCUGGAAGGUCCAUAUGUCCAUUCAUCUGUAUGUUUAAUCCCUGAAACUAUGCAACUGAUUUUGAUGAAAUUUGAUAUGGGAUGGAUUCAGCUGUGCACUGUUAGGCAAAUUUUAUUACGGUCUAUAUUGGUCCAUUAACACCUAUACUUUACAUGGACCUCGAGUCAAAAUACGGAUCACUGUGCAAGAUAUUGGAUUAUUACAUAAAGUAUUGUGUGUGUGUAUGUGGAGAUGGGUUAGAAUACCUCCACAAUAGCUUUGCAAGUCACAGAAGAUGAUGAAAAGGGAUCCCAGUCCGUGGGGGUAUAAAUGGGGCACCCUUUCACUGGGGGACAUAAAUACAGGGGCCUGGUCCACCAGGUUUAGUGAAAUCCAAAGAAGUGAAAGCUGGUUGCAGUCCAGCAGAAUUUUCUGAACAAGGCUAAGGCUAGAAAAGGGCUGUUUUAUCGAUGAUGAUGUCUGUGUGUCUUUUUAAGAUCUAUGUCUUUUAUUUAAAAUAUUCUUUGAUUUGGUGUAUAUUUAAUGAAGUACGAGGUAAAAUAAUGUAUGCUUUUAUUCAGUGUUGUUUCUGUAUUGUUUAUUGCCUUAUGAACAAUGGAAUUUAUGACUUCAGUGUAAUAUAAAUUAACAUCAACUUUACUGCAAGACGCAAAAUUGUAAACAACACAUUUUGAAAGUAUAUGUAUAUUACAGAUUGGUUUCAUCUUU